AUGGUGCUCGCCAAAUCCAAAAACUCCGUGGGGCUGGGAAACAGCCUCAUGAAAGAUCGGUUCGGCAAGGGAAAGGCUUCCAACCAGAAGAAGGUCUCGCACAAUGCAGCCAUUGCCCGCAAGGAUGUCAACGGAGAGACAUACAUCACAAACGCACCCGAGGAGGCUGCCUGGGUGAAGAUGCGCAGUAUUACGGAGCAGGCGGCUCUGGAUGAGUUCCUGAGUACGGCCGAGCUGGCCGGCACCGAUUUCACGGCGGAGAAAAUGAGCAACGUCAAGAUUGUCCACACUGACCAGAAGAACCCGUACCUGCUGUCCGCCUCAGAGGAGCGGUCGGCUGUGAAGAAGCACCAGAAGAACAAAGGUCGACUGACCGUUCCGAGACGGCCGAAAUGGGAUAAGACGACAACACGCCAGCAACUGGAGAGCAUGGAGAAGGAAAACUUCUUGGACUGGCGCAGAGGGCUGGCAGAACUCCAGGACAACCAGGAUCUGUUGAUGACCCCGUUCGAGCGGAAUUUGGAGGUCUGGCGACAGCUGUGGCGAGUGAUUGAACGGUCGGAUCUGGUGGUGCAGAUUGUUGACGCCCGAAACCCCCUGCUCUUCCGUUCGGAAGAUUUAGAACACUACGUCAAGGAACUCGAUCCCAAGAAACAGAAUCUCCUGCUUGUCAACAAGGCUGAUAUGCUUACGGAGAAGCAACGGCAAGUGUGGGCGGACUACUUUGAAGAGAACAACAUCAGCUUCCGGUUUUUCUCGGCCCACCUGGCCAAGGAGCAGAAUGAAGCGCGCCUCUCGCAGGAAGAUCAUUCGGACAGUGAGAGCGACAAGGAGGACACGGAGGAGACUGAGCUCGCGGGCGCCACCGAAUCGAUGAAGAUCCAGGAGCAGACCGAGGGCGCUCAAGAGGAACAUGACGGGGGACUGACAUUGCCCGGUUCCACCAAGGCACGGAAGACAGAGAUUCUGAACGUGGACGAGCUGGAAGAGCUGUUCCUGUCCAACACUCUCGAUACGCACCUGGACAGCGACAACCCGGAGGCCCAGACCAGACGGAAGACCGUCAUCGGUCUGGUGGGUUAUCCCAACGUCGGAAAAUCCAGCACCAUCAACGCCCUCCUGGGCGCCAAGAAGGUGUCGGUCUCCGCCACGCCCGGAAAGACGAAGCAUUUCCAGACCCUGUACCUCUCGCCGGAGAUUAUGCUCUGCGAUUGCCCUGGUCUGGUGUUCCCCAACUUCGCGACCACCAAGGCAGAGCUGGUCGUCAACGGCGUGCUCCCCAUCGACCAGCAGCGCGAAUUCACCGGCCCCGCGGCGCUCGUCGCGCAGCGUAUUCCCCAGCACUUCCUUGAGAAUGUCUACGGAGUCAAAAUCCUCAUGCGACCGUUGGAGGAAGGCGGCACAGGCGUACCCACGGGCCACGAGCUGCUGCGCGCCUACGCCCGAGCCCGUGGGUUCUGCACGACUGGUCAAGGGCAGCCCGACGAAUCUCGCGCGGCGCGAUACGUGCUGAAGGACUACGUCAACGGCAAGCUGCUCUUCUGUCACCCGCCGCCAGUGCCCGAGGGUCAGGAGGCCAUCGACCCGCAGCAGUUUAACGAAGACCUCUAUGACGCAGCCCACCUCCCUGCCCGACGGCAGGCGAUGCUGGCCAAAAUGGUCCAGAGCGAGGCGACCGACGAUCUCGACUCGGACAUGCCGUCUCUAUCCUCCGCCUCAGCUCCCUCUCGAGCCGUGGAAGGGACCCGCACCCGCAACCUCGACUCGGGCUUCUUCGGGCCUGACUCCUCGAUGUCGGGGGGACGUCUUACCUUGCCGUUCAACCACCAGUACACGGAACAGGGCCAGCAGAUACGCAAGCAGCUGACGGGCCGCAAGGAGCGGUUGAUGGUGGCCCUGGAGCGCGGAGUGGAUGUCUCGGAGGUGCGAACUGGCAACUCGAAGAAACAUUUUAAAGCCAACAAGAAACGCGCCAAGAGCCAGCGAAAGAAGGCCACCGAUGAUGAUUACUAG